AUGUCGUCCAAAAAAGAACCCCAAAGCCAGGUCCCGCCGCAGAGCAAGGGCUCCUGGUCGAGUUUCCUCAAGUCCAUCGCCUCUUUCAACGGCGACUUGUCUUCCUUGACCGCACCACCCUUCAUUCUCUCCACUACCUCACUGACCGAGUACUCAGCCUACUGGGCCGAACAUCCCUCCGUCUUUGUAGCCCCUGCCAAGGAGGCCGACCCAGAGAAGCGGGCUUUGCUCGUUCUCAAGUGGUUCCUCACGACUCUUCACCAGCAAUACUGCAGUCGAAGUGAGAAGCUGGGAAGCGAGAAGAAGCCGCUGAACCCCUUCUUGGGUGAGCUCUUUAUCGGAAAGUGGCUGGCGAGCCCUAACUCGGAUGUGGGUGAGACCACAUUGAUCAGUGAACAGGUCAGCCACCAUCCUCCUGUCACGGCGUACGCCAUCCAGAACGAGAAGCACGGUGUCGAGUUGCAAGGAUACAACGCCCAGAAAGCGUCCUUCUCAAGCACCAUUCAAGUGAAGCAGAUCGGCCAUGCGCAAUAUACCAUCACCCCUCCCGGCUCCAGUGAGAAGGAGAAAUAUGUGAUCACUCUCCCAAGUCUACACAUCGAGUCUCUCAUCUACGGAACUCCGUUUGUUGAGCUGGAAAAGUCUACCAAGAUCGCCAGCAGCACAGGCUAUGUCGCGAAGAUCGAUUACUCGGGCAAGGGCUGGCUGAGCGGCAAGAAGAACACUUUCACUGCCAGCCUGUACAAGGCCAGCGAGGGAGAGAAGAAACCUCUGUAUAUCGUCGAGGGACAGUGGUCCGAUACUUUUACAAUUAAGAAUGCCCGCACGAAGGAGGUUGUUGAUCGUUGGGUCGUGAAGGAGAAUCCGACCACUCCCCUGACACUGGCCCCUCUUGAGCAGCAGGAUCUGUGGGAGAGCCGUCGGGCCUGGGCCGACGUCGCCAACAACAUUGUGAAGGGUGACAUGGAUGCCGUCUCCGGGUACAAGUCCCGUAUCGAGAACGCUCAACGCGAGUUACGCCGGGUCGAAAAGGCCGAGGGCCGCGAGUGGGAGCGUCGCUUCUUCAAUCGUAUUGAUGAGAAGGACGACGACCCCUUGUUCCAGCAGUUGACCAACACUCUCGAUCUCUCUGGACAGCUCGAGACCGACAAGACUGGCGGAAUUUGGCGCUUUGACCCCAGCCGCGCCGCGGGUGCACAGCCACCUUACCACAAGGUCGGCAACGAAGGCUUAGGACUGACUCAGUAA